ACAAGAUAAUUAAAAUGCUAACUAUUAAGAAAAUUAGGAAAAAAAUAUUUAAGGAAAAUUUAUUUUCAGUUAAGCAGUUAAUGUAAGAAUAGUUUCGAUUGUAUUUGCCGCCUAAAACUGACCUGGCCCUAAAAUUCUAUAUGGAUGAUACCUUUGUGUAAAAAAGAAGGAUAUAAUAAAGAGUAACUACACGAACUGCCGAAAGAGAGACUUUAUCCGCCACACCAUGAACUAUUAUUCCGAUGGGGGACCCGGUACUCCCCCUUUUCCUUCACCACCCCCUGAUUUGACGCCUCCUGUCAUACCUCCUAUUUCUAGCCCGUCUGUUGUUGUCCUGGAAACGGCCACUGAAGGGUUAUUGCGGGUCAAAGUUGAGUCUGACGUCAUGGCGUACAUUUUAUAUUGUUUCUAUAGAGAGUUCUCAAGAAUUCAACAGAUCUACCAAGUUUCAAUCUCAUGGUCAGGAGUCGAUAACUGCGUGUUGUUCUGCGCAACCGCAAAAACAAACAAAGAUCAACUGCCAUUGGCCGCGCAGCGUUUUCUCGAUUUCUAUUAUGACGUCAGCCAGGAUCUGGUAGCUGUUCCGUUAAACGAACACGUGACCAGCAUUACGCUACACCAGUACCACAAAGCAACGUACCAGGUUAAGAAAUUACACCCGAAAGUUAUGGUGAAAGAAAUCAAAGAAACGAACAGACUGGCUCUAUAUUGCUCAAGCAGCGAAGUUGAAAGUGCAAGAAGAACUUUUAUAUCUGCUGUCGAUUCAUGUUCGCCAUCCCGUCUGCCCACCUCAUACGAGGGGUCGUCUAAAAAUAGCGAUUGGGAAUUACCCCUAACAAAAAAGAAACCACUGGAGAAACGGAACUCGCUUGAAAAACAAGAUUCCUCAUUUUCUGAGAGCAGUUUACAAGAUUUCUAUGAUUGCUCUCCGCCAACUAAUCCCAAAGGACAUAGUGACAUUACUAGUAAUUACAGACGACAAAACAACUACAAAACAACGAACUCAAGACAAGAAUUCUACGCGAGAAUACAAGGUCCUUCUCCAAGAAAAGAAUCUGAAGACGCCACGUCAUCAAACGGCUCAUCAGGUUACGGGAGUUUAGGAGGAACCUUAAGUCGUCAUACUGGGAUGUAUGACGCAACAAAGUACAGGACACAUUCUGACAGUUACUACGGCCCGAAGCAUCGUCUCUUACCCCCGCUCCCUCGGAGCGAUUCUUUACGUCACAACGAGGUAUUUCGACAAAAUCAACAAUUACAUCAUUACGCAGCAGCUGGUGAAAGACACGUGUUAAAGCGGUCGCCGAAACGUUACGCCACUGAACCUUACGUCGAAUCGGAUUAUGACGUCACAUAUACGUCAUCACACAUCGAGCGACCAAGGACACAAGGCAGAUUAUUAAGCCCAAGCCCAACAUUGGAUUACUUGCCGCAAUUGGAAACGCGUUAUAGGCCGAGUUCAAUGUCGCGGCCGCGAUUCGCGAUCGGUGAUGACGUCAUAGAAGAAUCUUUGUCGCUGAGGCCAAGAACAGACACCAUGCGAGGGGUCCAUUCAAAAAGUAUAAGUCCAAACGUGCGGUUACGACUAACCCCUGACAUUGCUUCAAAACCGUCUUACAUUCCGAAACUUAAAUCCCCUUUCACUUUUAAGCAGAGACACAAGAAUUACUUUGAGGUGAUGACGCCAACUGGAAUCAAAAUCGAAGUUCAGGAGGGUGACGUCACGGACGUUGAUUCUGACGUCAUGGUAAACGAAACAAAUAGUCAUUUACACGUCACAGGCGAGCUGGCGUGGGCUGUAGCGAAGCAUGGAGCGUUCGAGAUUCCGAAACUAACGAAGCUUCAUGUCUCAAUGAAAGGACUUGUGCCAGAAACUAAGGUUGUGGUGACACCUGGUGUAGGACUUCCAAGUGUGCACAUCGUACACGUGGUGACGCCAAAGUGGCAAAGUAGUAACGUCAAACGCAGUCGGAAGUUGCUCUACAACUCGUAUAAAAAUAUUUUUAACAAAGCAAAUGUCGAACUUAAAGCAAGAUCGAUCGUUCUACCUGUCAUUGGGUUAUGUGGAGGAAAUAAACAAAGCGAGUCAUACCCUCUGCACAUAGCAACGGAAAUGAUGUACCAAGCGCUUGUCGCCUUCCUAAAACUAGGCUCUCCAUAUUUACGCCACAUACGUUAUAUGGGGAAUGAUCCUGACCAAGUCAACCUCAUUGUGACGUCAAUAAAGCCGAAAAUAGAAAACGUGCAGUAUGAUGCCAGAUUCCUACGUCAGCAACAAACGAAGGUUCGCGAACUUUCCAGCAGUGGAUCAAGCGGUAACAUUGACGUCAUGAGUGACGUCAACACCAAUUACAACAACAGCCGGAUGCAAUCGCUUCGAACAACCCCGUCAAGUUAUACGUCAUCAACUACGUCAUUGCCCUAUGGAAAUCUACAUACAUUGCAGCGACCGCAUCGUUAAAAUGGUAGCAAAUUACCAUAGAAACAACAUUAUUUAAUAAACGUAGAAACAUUUCUAUGUUGAAUACCAGUUUUAUGUUAAAUUGCAAGCCGAAGAAAUGGUUAUAAAUCAUAGAUCGUAUCCGCUAUUGAAAAUCCCCACAGUUUUUAACCCCAAUCUGCAAACAUUUCUAAAUUCCAAUGUCUGUUACCUAUUAUCCGCGUUUAAUUUAA